ACUCAAGUGACACCGUAAUCUCCAUCCCCUCCGCGCACCCCAUUCCAAGUUUCCAACUGCUCGCGCUCCUCGAAUCUCUCAUGGCGACAGCAACCACAAGUCGGCCCAGCGGCCCGGUGCUGGCCAUACCCAGCUACCGCUCCGCCUCACCCACCCGCGUCAAGCUCGCCGGCGGCAGCGGCGCCACCCGCUCGCCGGGCAAGUCCGUCAGCGUCUCUUCCCCAUCUUCCUCCACCGGCGGUGCCCCCGCCAGGAGUCGGCGGUCCUGCAUGUGCUCCUCGACGAACCACCCCGGCUCGUUCCGGUGCAGCCUUCACAAGGAGCGCAAGCAGGCGGCCCCCGCCGGCAGCAGCAAGCCGGCUUCCCCUCCGUCCAUGCGCAGCGCCUGCAGCCUGGGCUCGAAGCGUAUGGAAAGCGGACAUUGGGCACACAGGGCCCUCGCGCCGUCCCCUGCGGCGCAGCAGUCGCAGCACCGGAGGCGUGCGGGCGGGUUCCGCCCCAGGCCGAGCAGGCUCUCCGCCGUUUCCGUGGCCGGCGAGCGUCCCAACGACAACCAGUAAAAAGAACAGCGUCGACAUGACAUAGCAAUAUGUAGUUAGGAGCUUUUCCGUUUUGACCCAGUUCGAUUUCUUCCUGAUCAAUUUAGCUCGCCCGUAGCUGUCUGUCCAUAGAAUGAGCUCGUCCUCUGCUCUCCGCGGUGUAAAACGAACGCCCUUGGUUUUGGAUAUAACUACAUGAACUUGAGUGACAAAUUGGGGACACAUACAUGCAUCUAAAUCUGAUCUU